AUGGAAGAAGCUAUCCUCCAACAACACCCCGGUCAAACGGCCGCCACUCAGCACCGGAACAAAAGGGGCAAACCGAUCGACGGCAUUUUCACAACCUCUGGGGUGACUGUACAGGCAGGAGGCUACUACAACUCCGAUGGGUUUUUCUCCUGCGACCAUCGUGGUCUUUGGAAUGAUAUUGACCUGGAGAAAUCUUUGGGUGGGUACAAACCACAGAAGACCCCGUACAAACCCCGCAAACUUACUAUGUUGGAUACUACAGCUGUCCGCCGCUACCUGCAACUCGUUCACAAGGGCUACGAGGAAUACUCCAUCCCAUCUCGCUUGGCGUCCCCAGAUCACCAACUACAACUAAAUGAAGGGACCAUGACAGCAACAAUGGGUCGUCAUUAUAACUGCCUGCACCAUCAGAUGUACGUCGUAAGGCGAAAGGCGGAGGACAAAUGUAGACGGGUCACUAAUGGAUUAGUGCCCUGGUCUACUAAGAUGCAACAGUUUUGGGAUCGUCAAUCCUUGUGGAAGAUUCUUUUGAAGGGGAGGAAGGGUUGCCGGGUGAGUUUGCGUAAAAUCCGCAGAUUGAUGAAGAAGGUUGGGAUACCGGACGCAUGGACAAAGACAACAACGGAAUUGGAGGCCGCCCUCCGUCAGGACCGGAAGGACUACCUUGAGGCUAAGACCCAUUAUGCUGCAAAGUGGCGCAAGGACUUUUUGACGGUGCAGGCGGCGAAGUCCAAAAAGAAACAAUGGCGGUCGCAAAAGGCCAGAGACCGUUUCCUGAGGUUACGGCAGAUGAAGCAACGGGAGGAGGCGAGACGCCGACGCCGCGCCCAGGCAAAAGGAUCUACUGGGGGAUUACACGCGAUCCAAGUCGAAGAGAGGCUGCCGUCAGGUGAAGUGGACUUGGGGACUGUCUCUGAAAGGAGUCAAGUGGAACAGGGGUGCAUGCAGGAGAAUUGCGCACGGUAUGAUCAGACCAGAUCGCCUCAUAUGACCCCUCCAAUGGAUGCUCCAUUGUACCAAAUGUUUAAUGGCCAUGAUGCGGAACAAAACUCCCUCGCCCUUCUUGAAGGGCGCCUUCCUCUACCAGAUGGCAUGGACUAUCCAACUCGGUCCUUCCUUUCUCAGUGCAGGUUCCACAGAAAUCAUUCUAUGUUACCUCUGGAGAUUUCUACUGAAGAUCACACCUACUUCUGGUCUCGGAAUCCGGAAAAUAGGGCUCCGAACCUCAUGGCCUGCAUAAUGGCCACUUUAAAGCUGGGAUUCUCUCCCCUAUGA